AGCAGGUUACUGUUGCUGCAGUCUAUGAGAGAAUGUCCAUCUAACUUGGGGAGUAGAGAAGCAGUCAUCAACCUUAUCCAUUUAAACCUUAAGCGGGGUGGAUUUUUCAUCAGCAUUUUACAUGCUGUACAGCUUUGGUGUCUUUGAUCCUUUUUGCCAGUCCAUUACAAACACAGAGGUGCCCUGAAGAGGAGAAGGGGCUUCACUCUCUGGACAAGAAAUGGACAUAGAACACGGAUUCUAUCGGCCGGUGGAUGUCCAGGCCUACGCUCACUACAUUGUUGCCUUCUUUGUCUUGGUAAUUGGAACAUUGGGUGUUACUGGCAAUGCCUUGGUCAUGUAUGCCUUUUUCUGUAACAAGAAGCUACGGACUGCCCCCAACUAUUUCAUCAUGAACCAAGCAGUCAGUGACUUCCUCAUGGCAAUUACACAGUCACCCAUCUUCUUUGUGAACUCCCUUUACCAAGGUUGGAUUUUUGGGGAAACAGGCUGUAAAAUUUACGCCUUCUGUGGAGCUUUGUUUGGACUCACUUCCAUGAUAAACCUUCUGGCCAUCUCUCUAGAUCGCUACAUUGUCAUCACCAAGCCUCUGCAGGCCAUACGGUGGACCUCCAAGAGACGCACUUGUCUCGUUAUUGCUCUGGUCUGGCUGUACUCACUAGCCUGGAGCCUUGCACCCCUUUUAGGGUGGAGUUCAUACAUACCGGAGGGCCUGAUGACCUCAUGCACAUGGGACUACAUGACAUCUACUCCUGCAAAUAAAAGUUAUACUUUGAUGCUAUGCUGCUUUGCAUUCUUCAUCCCUCUGGGCAUUAUAUCCUAUUGUUAUCUGUGCAUGUUCCUGGCAAUCCGCCAUGCAAGCAGAGAUGUGGAGAAGUUUGGGAAUCAGGUGAGGAAGUCAACUCUGAUCCAGCAGCAGUCCAUCAAGACUGAAUGGAAGCUGGCCAAGAUUGCCUUUGUGGUCAUCAUAGUGUAUGUGCUUUCCUGGUCGCCCUAUACAUGUGUCACCCUCAUCGCCUGGGCUGGAUAUGGAAGAAUCCUCAGUCCUUAUUCCAAAGCUGUCCCUGCUGUUAUAGCCAAGGCAUCGACCAUUUACAACCCUAUUAUCUAUGCCAUCAUUCACUCUAAAUACAGGGACACCAUGGCAGAAAAGGUUCCCUGUCUGCACUUCCUAGCCCAGGUCUCACGGAGGAAGUGCAUAUCAGACAGCGAGUCCUCCAUCAGGGAGUUGGGGCUGAGCAGACAGUCAUCAGUCUUCAAAACCAAGUUUCACAGAGUUUCCUCCAUGUCUACGACAGACACACAGGUUUGGAGUGAUGUGGAGGUGGACUCUAUCGAUCAGAGCCAAUGUGUGAGGUCCAGCUAUUCCCUCGGGGCUCUGAGGGACAAAGAGCACAAGUCAUUAGCUAAGCAGGCCAUAGGAAAGGGAAGCCAAAGCCAGGAACAGAUCCACAUGCCAGAGCGAGGAUCACUGAACAGAUGUGACCACACCCCAUCACCUGAGUCUGUCUGCACAGUCAUGCCAUCGGCAUUGGGGAAGAGAAGGGAGGAGAAUCCCAACAGUUGGAAUAAAGAGAACACACAGGAAAAUGAGGAAAAAGAGGGUGAACAUGAACAGAGAGAGGCACAGCAAGUUCAGAAGGAAAAAGAAGUGAAGGAGCCUAAGGACCUCAUCCAGCCAGACUCUCUGGACAAUAUUGUAUGUGUGCACUCCCAAGCUAUCAUCAGACCCAACUUAAACCAUAACUAUUGUGAGGAAAAACAAACCACACAGAGCAGACAGAGAGAACUGUUGCUCAAUAUACAGCCUCUCGCCAGUUCUGCUCAAGGAUUUGAGUCUGUGCAAAGAUUUCUAAGCUAA